UAGAGACACAAGCACCGCUUCUUCCUCAGUAACGCGCCGGAGCCUUCCGCAGCUGCCGCCUCAGAGCGAACGAGGAAGGGAACCAACCCACUUUCUCAGCGCCACGGCUCUUCCCUAAAGUAAUGUGAAAUCCUUUGCAUCUUCUGAUAGUCUAGCCAAGGUCCAAGAAGUAGCAAGCUGGCUUUUGGAAAUGAAUCAGGAACUGCUCUCUGUGGGCAGCAAAAGACGACGAACUGGAGGUUCUCUGAGAGGUAACCCUUCCUCAAGCCAGGCAGAUGAGGAACAGAUGAAUCGUGUGGUUGAGGAGGAACAGCAGCAGCAGCAACAGCUAAGACAAGAGGAGGAGCACACUGCAAGGAAUGGUGAAGUCGUCGGAGCUGAACCUAGACCUGGAGACCAAAAUGAUUCCCAGCAAGCACAAUUGGAAGAAAACAAUAAUCGAUUCAUUUCAGUAGAUGAGGACUCCUCAGGAAACCAAGAAGAGCAAGAAGAAGAUGAAGAACAUGCUGGUGAACAAGAUGAGGAGGAUGAAGAGGAAGAGGAAAUGGACCAGGAGAGUGAUGAUUUUGAUCAAUCUGAUGACAGUAGCAGGGAAGAUGAACAUACACAUAGUAACAGUGUCACAAACUCCACUAGUAUCGUGGACCUGCCUAUUCACCAACUCUCCUCCCCAUUCUAUACAAAGACAACAAAACACAUUCUAAGUUUCCCUUAUAGAGAUCAAUAAAAGCUACUGGAAGGAGAGAUAACUGAGUGACUGGCUUUUGGAAGAGGACAAUACAAUGGAAGGAGAGAACAAACUAGUUAACCAAGCAUUGUGAGCAGAAGGUUCACAUCCAUUACUUACCAUCUAUCAAAACUACUUUCCAUUAAUUCUUACACUGAGCUUUUUUUCUUAUCAUCUUCAUAACAGUCUAGUUCAUCGGUUUCAAUAUGAAGUGUAGUAUUAAGUAACAUUGGCAUAAGUGUUUAAUUUAGGAAAAUAUUUGAGGUAAUGCUGGAAGAUUAGUUUGGAGCCACUCCGAGGAGAAUCUUCAUCUCCAUGUUGUAUCUUAGGCAUUGAGGAACCAUUGAAAGUUUUUGAGGAGUGGAUUGUACACCAUAGUCUCUCAAUGCAUUUUAGGAAGAUAUUUCUGACCAUAGUAUGUUGGAGAAAUUAGGCACUAAGGAUUUGCGAUGAACUGGUUAGUAAUUAUUUUACUAUAAUUAUUUCCCAUCACAGGCUACAUUUAUAAAUACUUUGGGUUUUUAAAAAAUAUAUCUUUAAUCACAUGACUUAUACUUUCAAGUGGAAUCACUGAGUUUUUGAGAAUUCUAGAGAUUGAACUGACAUUUGCAAACAACUAAAAUGUCUACUGAUAAGAUUAAUGUGAAGGCUAUUAAUAGCUUUAGAGAGAUAGAGUCGAUUUAGUGUCUUAGUAGGAGAUAAAGAAUGGUAUGUAUGGAAAAGGAAAAGAGAACAUGCUUAAGACGAUCAGUUGAAAAUAUAGUGCUCAUUCUGAAUAUACCUAAGAACAAAUGUGUAUAUAUGUUUUUUGAGCAUGCAUGAAUACUGUCCUUAACUUUGAAGCACAUUUCAAAACAUUCCUAAAAGAUUAAUGCUGAUAUUUGGGUAAGGAAGACUCAAGAUAAAUUUAAGAGAAAAUACAAUGGUUUUUUUGGGGGGGGAUUUUUGUAAAGAAAACUUUACUUUCACUUUCUAGGACGUUACCUGGGUUAGUAGUUGGAGAAGUUUAAAAAAGACCCUACAGCAUUGCCCUGCUUUGGCUGUAUUCACAUUACUGACUUUGUAUGGGAGAUUCACCAGCUGUUUGACUGGCAGGAGCAGGAGCUUUCACUUCAGUAGUUUAUAAUUCCUGGCUAUUCUAGGAUAGUUUGCACUUCACCAAGCCUUAGACAGGUCAGGACAUUUGGUAGGAGAAGGUUGAAAGACAAAAGCAGCAGGCCUUGUGUUCUCAGCCUUUUUUGUUUUUUAAUUAGAAAAUUAUAUUUUAAUUUGGUGGUUAGAAUCUUUAGUAAUGUGCCUGUAUUACAUGUAGAAAGUAUUCAUCAACCAAGAGGAGUUUUAAAAUGUCAAAACCAGGAAAGGCUACUUUAAACCAUGGCUUGGUUCCUGUUGAUCUUAAAAGUGCAAAAGAGCCUCUGCCACAUCAAACCGUGAUGAAGAUAUUUAGCCUUAGCAUCAUUGCCCAAGGCCUCCCCUUUUGUCGAAGACGGGUAAGUUUUGCAUUUGAAAAAUAGGAAUAUUUAUUUAAAUAAAGUACUUCUGUUUCCUUUAGUGAAGAAAUGCUUCAGAUUUCAAUUGAUAUUUAUAAAUAAAAUUAUCAGUGCAUUAUGUAGCCAGAUAAAACCUUAUAUAAGUGGUAGUUAUACUAGUAUAAUAAGAAGCCUAGAGAGCAAGGUUACCCAAUCCACCUUUUUUUCUCUCAUUUAUUUUUCAUAUUAGAAUCCUUCAAAUUUAUUUAAAAUUGGUAAAUGUAAAAGCUAUGUUUUAAAAUAUGUAAGCAAAUACUACAACCCCAAAUUUGUAGUUUUUAUUCUGUGGGAAAAGCAAGAAGCUGGUGGUAUUCUUCUUAUAUAUGGGAAUUACAACAUUUAGCUCUUUGAGUAUUCCAAGUUCCCUAGAUUUAUCUGGGCCUUAGAGCUGUAUUAUUUUAAAUUGCUAUUUCCUUAAUUCAAACGUAAUGUAAUAGGGACUUUACUUUUUGCUGUUAUAUAAAAUAAAAAUAGCAUGCUAUUGUGUGGCAGUUACGAUAGAGUUUAUAUAUAGACAAUCCUGAACUAACAAACGUUUUGUAGAACUUGUGCUAACGUAUAAUCAAGUUAUGAUCUGUCGGAUGUUUUUCAGGAUGACAUUCUACUCUCCCUCACCAAGUUCUGACCCUAUUAAUAUUAGCAGUUUUAUUGUAUUUUUUGAGUUAACUUGGUAUUGCUAGUUUGAAUUAUUAACUAGAGUAAUAUAUUUUUAGAUCUAAAAUAUGUUUAUGAUCCUGAACACAUUAAACCAAAAAUCCCCAAAAAACCCUGAGAUUAAAUGGUAUUUGCAUGUAAUAGUGCUAUUAAUGUUUAGUUCCCUUAAAAAAAAAAAAAAA